ACUGAGGCAUGGAGCACUUACUGUUCCACCAUGGUUCAGCAUUGUGCAGCCCUAAACCGCUCAGUGCAAGUUGUUAACCUGGACCCUGCAGCAGAAUACUUCAAUUAUCCUGUGAUGGCUGACAUUCGAGAAUUAAUUGAAGUAGAUGAUGUUAUGGAAGAUGACAACUUAAGGUUUGGUCCCAAUGGUGGUUUAGUGUUUUGCAUGGAAUACUUUGCCAAUAACUUUGAUUGGCUUGAGGAUUGUCUUGGCCAUGUGGAGGAUGACUACAUACUCUUUGAUUGCCCAGGUCAGAUUGAACUUUAUACUCAUUUGCCAAUGAUGAAACAGCUGGUGGAGCAGCUGCAACAGUGGGAAUUUCGUGUCUGUGGAGUUUUUCUUGUUGAUUCUCAGUUUAUGGUGGAAUCUUUUAAGUUUAUUUCCGGUGUCUUGGCAGCACUCAGUGCAAUGAUAUCAUUAGAGAUUCCACAGAUCAACAUCAUGACCAAAAUGGAUUUGCUGAGCAAGAAAGCUAAAAAGGAAAUUGAAAAGUAUUUAGAUCCCGAUAUGUAUUCUGUGACUGAAGAUUCUGCAAAUAUACUAAAAAGCAAAAUGUUCAAGAAACUGACUAAAGCUAUAUGCGGAUUGAUUGAUGACUACAGCAUGGUUCGAUUUUUACCUUAUGAUCACUCCGAUGAGGAAAGCUUAAAUAUUGUGCUGCAGCACAUAGACUUUGCCAUUCAGUAUGGGGAAGAUCUAGAAUUUAAAGAACCAAAGGAAAAUGAAAAAGAUAAAUCUGCUACUUUAGAUGAAUAUUUUCAAGACCAAGUGGAUGAGUAAAGAGUGAAUAUACCAAAGCGUGGUUGUAAAAUAUGCUUUGUUAAGGGAUCCUCUAAAUAUUUGUGUGUAUUUUUUUAAAAUAUCAAAACUGUAAGAUAAUUUGAAUAAAUCACUAGAGAAAGUGAGUCAUGCAUUUCCAUAUUAUUACUUUCAGAAAUAAUUGUCAUUCUUGUAUAUAAAAUACUUAGCCUCAGUCACAGUAAGCUAUAUUCCAUGAAGAUAAUUGCAUUUCUCUUUUAAAUGCUAGAUUGUUUGAAAAAUAUGGUGGUUGUAGAGGGGGACUGUCAAAAUAAAAAUAUUUUUUUCUUCCUUGUUCUAAUAACUUAUUAGUAGGAGAAAAUGUUUAAAAAUCUAGAUAACUUAUAAUUUUCUCCUAGAGUUCAUAUUUUGUAUUUUACUCAGAUAACGAAAAGUGGCAUAAUCAUUUUUACUUUGUGAUUAAUUGUGUGCUUAUUUAGUGGUGGUAGCUUUUCCUUCCCACCACUGCAGACAUUUAAAUGCCUCCAAUAAUGUGUUUUGGGUUUUUUUUGUAACCCUCCUGUAAAUGUUGAGAUUAAUAUAUCAAUCGCCAACUUCAUACCUGUUUUAAAUUGAUGUAGCUCUCUUGGUAUCAAUGAAGUUAAACCUUGUUACACCAGGUAUGAAUUUGGUCCAAUAGAAUUUUGUUAAUCUGAUCAUCAAAUAUUUAAUUUAAUUUAAUUUUAAACAACAUACAUUAUAGACCUAUGCAAUCUGGCAGUGUCUGUGUAUCCUUCAAGAGAUGUUUUGAAAUCCUUAGCUAAUGGCAAGUUGUCUGAAAGGGAAAUCUGACUUUUAAGUGAUGACUUAAUACUUUGGAUUUUCACAACUAUUUCUGAGAGAUGUGAAAAGCUGUUCUUUGAAGGUAAUUGCUGCUAUUGUUGUAAUACUCUGUACAAUAGUUGAAUAUGAGAGAAUACUUUUUCAGAUGUUUAUAUUGCAUUAUUUGACCAUCACAAUGUUUAAUAAAUUGUGUGUGAGAGAGCCAGCAAUUCCCUUGUUUAUCCUUUCAACCUUCUUAGGAUUUCAAAGUUGGAAAAUCUGGUUUGCUUCAGGAAUUCUGUCCUCAUUUUAGCAUCCUCUUCGGACUAGAACUCUUCAUGGUAUGUUUUAAAGGGGCACUCUUAGAUGUGAUCAACAGUGUCCUGAUAUGAAGGUCACAUGACUGCUCCAGAGUUAUAUACACCCUACACAGAAUGGUAAGGAUAUCUAGGUGAUAAAGUGCACCCUUCCCUUAACUGUACUCUGUCCACUAAUCUAUUUCACCAGGAACUAUUUCUAGGAUUCCAAAGAGCUGUCACUUCAAAAUUAAUAAAACAGAGUGUGAGGUUUAACUUUUCCUCCAACAUUACACUGCUUUGCAAGAAGUACAACCCUUAAUAGCAGAGAAGUCAGAACUUGGAAAUACUGGAUUUUUAACCUAUUACUGUUGGAACUAGGAAACUUUACAGUGGUAAAUGUCAUUUCUACCUGUGUGAGAUUCAUGAUGAAAUACUGGACCAUGAAAAUACAACAUGAUUUGAGGGUAAUUUAUUUUCCUUUUCUGUUACACACUGGACAACAUGUGGCAUAUAAAGAAUGACCAGAGAUAUGGUGUGGCAUAAAGGUUUGACAGUUGUUUGAAAUGACUUGUGAAACUCAUUUGUGACUCUACAGUUUGUAAAUAUUGCAGCUAAACUCGUGUUGAUAUAUAUUUCAUGUCACUUCACUGUGUGGUUUAAAUAAACAUGCAUUUCAUCACUCA